AUUAAUAAAUGCACGCCAUUUUGUAAUUUUGGACAUGUUGACUCGGUCAAGAAAAUGAUUUUCCAAACGCAAUUAUUUAGUUAUUUUAUAAUAGCUCUGUAGUUUAGUUAGUGAAUUGUCUAGAAAUAACAAAUAUGGAUAUGUCGGAAGUAAAAGCGUUCAACACGGAGUUAUCCGGGUUGUACGAUAAUAAACCGCCUAUAUCAAAGGCUAAGAUGAGUGCUAUCACCAGAGGUGCUAUAAAGGCGAUAAAAUUCUACAAACAUGUAGUGCAUAGUGUGGAAAAGUUCAUACAAAAGUGCAAACCAGAAUACAAAGUUCCUGGUUUAUAUGUGAUAGAUUCAAUAGUGCGACAGUCUAGACAUCAGUUUGGCCAAGAUAAAGAUGUAUUCGCUCCAAGGUUUGCAAAAAAUAUGCAGCAAACCUUUGCUAAUUUGUUUAGAUGCCCUCCUGAAGAUAAGCGUAACAUAAUCCGAGUGCUGAACUUAUGGCAGAAGAACAAUGUGUUCAGUUCUCAAGUCAUCCAGCCGCUUCUGGACAUGGCCGACCCCAAUCAUCCGCUACAUGCAGAGGUGCUCGCUCAACAGAACAAUACUGCCAAUGGUAGCAGCCAGAAUGCGAGCCACAGCUCAGACAAGGGCUCCCCCGCGGCCGCGCCGCUGCACUCGCCGCCAGACUCCUCGCCGAUGGGGGACCAGUUUCAAGACCAGCCAUCCAGCCAAUCCGGUGUGAAAUUCAACCGGAAACUCCUCAAUGACUUUGAGUAUGAGAGUGAAGACGAACCUAUGCCCGUGGAGACCACGCCCGCGCACCACAACCAGCCGCAUCAGGGGCAUCAGGGGCACCAGGGGCAUCAGCAGCACCAGAGUCAUUCCCAUCAGCAACAUCAAACUCAUCAGCCAAUUACAAGUCAGAAUCCAGCUGACGUGCUUGGGAGCAUUCUGACAAAUCCAGAGAUCAUGCGGCAGUUACAGAAUUUGCAGCUUAUGACAGGAAUGCAGAUAUCUAACCUAAUGCCUAUGAUGAAUGACAUGCAAAUGCAACACAAUCAGAAUCAAAAUCUUCCAUUUUUGAAUUCCCAGCCGGAGCAGCAGAAGCAGUCGGAGAACAAGGACGACGUGGCCAACGAGUCAGACAUAGAAUUUGUUGAGACCGGACCUCAAGUUAUUGAGAUUCCCGAUGCCAAUGAUUCCAGGAGCCCGUCGCCGCGCUCGCGGCGCGCGCGCUCGCGCUCGCGCUCGGCGCAGCGCCGCCGCCGCGACCGCGACCGUCGUCGCAACAGAGAUCGUGACAGAGAGAAAGAUAGAGAGAAGAGUUAUAAAGAAAGAGAGGCGGAGAAAGAAAAACAAAGAGAAAGAGAGAAAAAAGGUCUACCACCUAUCAAGAAGGAGAAUCUUAGUGUAUGCAGUACCACCCUAUGGGUGGGUCACCUAUCCAAACUGGCGACUCAAGAGGAACUAUCAGAUCUAUUCGGGGCCAUUGGAGGAGUUAUUAGCAUAGAUGUGGUAGCGCCCAGAGGUUGCGCCUUUGUGGUGAUGGAGAGGCGAAGGGACGCUAACAAGGCCAAGAAUAAACUGAAUAAACAUAAGCUUCAUUCAAAGGAAAUUACCGUCGCCUGGGCCCCGGGCAAGGGCGUAAAGGGGCGCGAAUGGAAGGACUACUGGGAAGCGGAGCUCGGGGUGUCGUACCUGCCGUGGGCGGCGCUGCAGCAGCGCUGGCAGCUCGGCGCGCUGAGCCUGGACGCGCUCGAGGACGGCGGCGCUGUGGACGAGGACACGCUGCCGCCCUGGCUGCCGCCCAGGAUAAUCCCCAAAAUGAUGGACAACCUGUCAAUGCUGGGCCUGCCGCCGUCGUCGGCCGCCAACAUGCUGGGCCUGGCCGGCGCCCCCCUGCCCCCGCCCCUGAUGCCCCCCAACAUGCCGCCCCCCGCGCUACCGCAACCAUUGUCCAUGACUGUGCCUAGGAUGUCUGGGCUACCGCCCGGCAUGGCCCCGGGCCUGCCGCCCGGCCUGAGGCCGAACCUGACCCCUGGAGUGCCAGGUCUGUCGGGUGAAGCGGGUUUACCCCCGGGUGGACUCCUGAGGUUCCCGGGCGCUUUGCCCCCGCAGACCAUGCCUCAACCAGGCUUGGUGGGCGGGUUCCUGGGCGGGCUGCUGGGCGUGGGCGGCCUGGUGCCCGCGCUGCCGCUGCUGCCGCCGCAGGCGCAGCCGCACAAGCUGCCGCCAGCGCAGCAGCGACCGGAGACAGUGAACCAAGCGGACGACGCUAUGGAUUUGGACACGGAGGACCAAAACGAGUCGCCCAGUGUGCCCGCCCCGGACACCAGUACUGCGCCGCCAUUGCUGCCCGAUCAGCUCCAAGCGAUGCUGUCGAAGCCGCCGCCGGCGUUCAACGCCUCGGAACCACCGCCGGGGUUCAACCUGUCAGAACCACCCCCGUUCAACUCGGCACAACCACCCCCCACUGAAGAAAAUAAGGUUGAGGAUGAGAGGAAAUCAGACCGCGACAGAAGGGAUCGCGACCGAGAUCGAGACAGAGAGAGAAGAGGCGAUAGGGAUAGGAGAGACAGAGAUAGAAGAGGAGAUAGAGACAGGGAUCGUGGCAGAGAAAGAGAUCGGGACAGCAGGGACAGCAGACACGAGCGGCACACGCGGCGCUCGCGCGGCCGCGAACACAGGGAACGCAGCCGCGAGAAAUCCCCCCGGCCCAACGAGAAUCCCGAGAAGUCCCUACAGGACAGGCUCUGGGAGAUGGCCAAUGGCAAACCGCGGGAGAGUGACAAGGAGUUCGACAUCGAGAGGCCCACGGACAGAGAACGGGAGAGGCCCCCGCUCAUCGACAGGCUGCCCACUACACAGCACAAUGAACAGGCGGGCUGGACGCCGGUGCCGCGUCCGGCCGCGCCGCACCUGGCGCCGCCUUUCAGAGCUGAAAUGAGAAUGAGAGGUCCGCCCAGGCCGCCAAUGCAAGGAGGGCCUUGGAUGGAUGGCCCCGGGCCCGGCCCAGGCCCAGGUUUUGGGCCUCGUUUCAACGGAAUGGGUCCGCCGCCUUUCAAUCGUCCACCUUUUGAAAGGCCGCCUUUCGAAGGCCCAAUGUUCGACGGACCGCCGCGUUUCGAGCGGCCACCGUUCAAUAGGAUGCCCUUCGAUGGAAUGAAUCGUCCGCCGUUUGACGGGCCCAGACCGCCUUUCGAUGGUCCCAGACCGCCUUUCGAUGGUCCCAGACCUCCUUUCGAUGGUCCUAGACCACCAUUCGAUGGACCGCGCCAAUUCGACGGACCACCUUUCGACGGAGACAGACCUUUCGACGGACCAAGAUUCGACGGUCCGCCAGAAUUCUUCGACAGAGGAAGGAGAUACGACGAUCGCGAACAAUUCAAUGAUAGAGGAUGGAAUGGCGACCGGGAAAAUCGGGAAUGGCCUGAGAGGAGAGGAGAUUGGGACGACCGCCGUAGGGACAGGAGAAGCAGGGACCACGAGGAUCGGUUCAGAGAUCGCCCGGAGCGACCGGAGCGGCUAGACAGGGCCGACCGCGCCGGAGAUCGCAGGAGAAGCUUUGAAUCGAGGCAGGAUGAUAAAACGAAUAGACAUGACGACAAAACUAACAAACAAGACGAUAAAAGCAACAAACAUGAUGAUAAAGCGAAUAAGCAUGAAGAUGAAAAACAAACAAGACCUCCGCGCGAAGAAAGAAACAGAAACAAAGAUAGGAAGUCUAGAUGGGGAGCUGCCGAAGAAACUACAGAUGAAAACAGAGCUACAGAAAGCACUGAAAUUCCCAUGGAAGUUGAAAAUAAGAAUGUUGAAGCUGAAGCUAGUCAUGAGGAACAAAAUGUACAGAACUAUGUUAAUGAUAACAAUAAGGAUAACGAAACGACAGAGACAAUUGAAUCACAAAGCGAUAAUGCUUUUGCUGAAGCUAAUGUUGAUAAAUUUGAUAAUGUGACUUCUGUACAGGAUAACUAUGACUCCGUUCCGAAUGAACAAGAAAGUACCAUUUCUAGAGACGAAGACAAUUCUUAUGAAAAAAGAGAUCGUGAGGUAGAAAACGAAACUCCUCGUAACCAAGGAACUCACAAUCAAACAUAUGAUAAUGAUGAAAGCAAUAAACAUUAUCCAGAAACAGAAAAUGUGACAUUGGAGAGUGAUCCUAUAGAAAAUUCUGCGCCAAAAGAUUUCGUCCCUGAUCUAUACGACGCUAGCGAAGUUAUAGAUACUAGCUUCCAACCUUCUAUAAAUUCUUCCGAACCUCCUAUAGUCGAAAAAUCUUCUAUAGCCACAGACAAUAACGAUAUUUUCAGUCAAGAUAAAGAAGAAACUAAUAAAAAUACAGAAGAAAUAGUAGAAAGCAAAGAAGGAGCUGCUUGACAUCGGAAGAAAUGGAAAGUCGGGUAUUUCCAUUGGAAAUGAUUCGGGUGACGCCAGACCCGAGGAAGUCGACAGAGAAAGCGAAGCUUAGCUGUGCGUCCGUUACUUUUUAAUUUGACACAGAUUAAAUGUGUUAUUAAUUUAGUUUUCUAUUACAAAAUUACAAGGCCAGUGAUAUUACAUUUUUAAUAGGCCAAUAAUAAUACAAAUUUUAAAUUUGAACACAUUUUAAACUUUCCGUUGAAAUUGUAAUUAGAACGCACAGCUAGGGGUCGACCGCCGAAAAUAACGCCAAAGAUUUUUUAUACAAAGAUCAAAAUGAAAUAUACGAGUGCCUUAUGGUUACCGAAAAACGGUGUUUUGUUUAUCGUCGGCGGAGGAAAUGAAGAGGAACCGCCUUGGCGCUCAAGUGGAGCGACCCGGGCCAGGUAUGGUCGAUUAUAUUACACGCGCGUCCAGAACAAUUGCACUGUUUUUUUAAUAUGCUGCGAGACAUAUUUCCGAAUUUCGACGAGUUUUGGAACCGAUUUUCUGGAAUAUAUACUUCUUUUGUGAGAAAAACGAAUCUAUGAAGCAGUAUUUAAUUACUUUUAUGCAAGAAUACUUUUUCUUUAUCACUUUAUAAUGGUGCAUUUCGAUUUGUUUUAAUAAGUGUAUAUGAUGCGUUUACACUUUUCCCAGCAGGAACUGGAUUUAAAUUUGUAUUAAUAAUAUUUAAGCAACGAAUCGUCAGCACAUUUCAAUUAUUAAAUUAAAUAAUUAAUUGAAAGCAGUUGGUUCCAAAACUCUCGAGACUAUAAAACCAUUGACAUGUUUUUUUCAAAUUAUCUCUAAUUCUCCGAAAGGAACUUUGGCAGCAAUUGUUUAAAAUUACACAGUUGUACUCGGCGGGCGUAAUUUUUUGUCGUUAUUUGAUAAUGUCGAAAUAGAUUCAAACGUUAUUUGUAAUUACUAACUUAUCCGACAAAACUUGAUUAAAAAAGAGAUCUAUUUCGACAUGAUUUAAUAUCGCUAGCAAUGUGUGCAAAAUACCUCAACGGCGUCACUCGAAUCGGCCUUGGAAUGAAGACCCACCAACUCAAGAAUCAAGACCUGUGAGACAACGACGUAAAUUUUGAUUUUAUUACGUCUACAUAUUUAUUAUUCUUCAAUUAUAUUUUACUCGGCGUGGCGGUUAAUUAUUCUAUGUUGUAUCUUUAUAUUUUUUUCACAAGGCUAAUUUAGGAAAUUGGUCACUUCUUAUCUUAGAAUGAAAUAUAGAUGGGUUGAUAGAAAUGUGUUAAAUGUUCUGGUGGGGGUAGAUGUUACGAUAUAAAAUAUAUCUAUUGAUAGGUAACUAACAAAUGGUUUUAUGAAAUAGGGCAUAUUGUAGCGAUUCAUCACGUUUAGAUUUUAGUUUUAUAUUGGAUUAGUCGCGCGCAUCAUGCAGAGUGUACUCACAGCCUAAUGUCGUGGCGCUUAUGUAACAUAUUUUUAUAGAAUUCUAUAAUAUGGGCUUGAAAAGUUAACGUCUAUUUUCAAAGAAAGUGUUAGGUGUUGCCCACUAUGUAGGUAAGCAAUUAUAUUUUAAAUGCAUGCAGCAAUUUCAUUGUCAUUUGUGCUUCAAUAAAAUUCUUAAAAUUCA